AUGCCGAGCACGGGUCAGGUACCGUCGCUGUCGGCGCUGCAGCCUCCACAUGACGACGCGCACAACAACCACCACCACCAUCACCCAGCAAAAGACCAGUACCGGGUCGUGGUACUUGGAGCCGCACGGGUGGGCAAGACGGCCAUCGUGCACCAGUUUCUGUACGACGAGUUCCCCGUCGACUACUUUGCCACCGUGGAAGAGUUCCACACGGGCGAAUACGAUUUUAAUGGUGCCUCGCUCACGCUGGACAUCGUGGACACGAGCGGCAGCUACCCGUUCCCGGCGAUGCGGCGGCUGGCCAUAACCACAGCCGACGCGUUCGUGCUCGUUUACGCCAUCGACGACCCAGAGUCGUUCGAAGAAGCACGCGGCAUCCACGACCAGAUCGUCGAGCUGCACUCGGCCAAGGCACCCGUGGUCGUGGUGGGCAACAAGUGCGACCUGCCCGCCGCGGUGCGUCGCGUCAGGCGAGAGGUCGCCGAGACCAUCGUCUCCAUCGACUGGGAGCACGGCUUCGUCGAGUCCUCGGCCAAGGAGAACAUCAACGUGCUUACCAUCUUCAAGGAACUCCUUGCUCAGGCCAAGAUCCCGUACGACCUGAACCCGGCCGUCGUCAACAAGAGGCGUCGAUCGCUGCCCGUCUACCCGACUAGCCCGACCAUCAAGGACAAGACGCUGCUCAAGCGGAACAGCUGCGCCGUGUCAUAGCUUCGUGGACUUCGUCGCUAGUGUUAUGAUAACCUCUGAACUAGCGCAUUUAUCUGCAGUGCCAGUGAUUGUGAUGUUUCUCUGCCUGUGCUCCUGUACGAAACUGAGCGCGCAAAUUGGCAGUGAAACGAAGAACAUCAGUCUGUUCAGGGCGAACACUUUCAUCAGUGAUAAAUGCCAAUGAACUAAAGUCAGCGUACAGGAGAAGCCAAACCUGCAAGAACGUUAUCCCCGCGAGGUUUUCGAAUAAAUGAGAAAACUGUAACCGUCUUACAGGUGCCAAC